AUGCCGCCACCCUCAGACAUCGUCAAAGUGGCCAUCGAAUGGCCAGGUGCCAAUGCUCAGCUCCUGGAAAUUGACCAGAAACAGCCCCUGACAUCCGUCAUCAAGGAAGUUUGUGAUGGAUGGUCAUUGCCAAACCCAGAAUACUACACCCUCCGAUAUGCAGAUGGGCCUCAGCUCUACAUCACUGAACAGACACGCAGUGACAUUAAGAAUGGGACCAUCUUACAGCUGGCCAUCUCUCCGUCCCGGGCUGCACGCCAGCUGAUGGAGAGGACCCAGUCGUCCAGCAUGGAGACCCGACUGGACGCCAUGAAGGAGCUGGCCAAGCUCUCUGCUGACGUGACCUUUGCUACCGAGUUCAUCAACAUGGAUGGCAUUGUUGUCCUCACACGGCUUGUGGAGAGUGGAACCAAGCUCUUGUCACACUACAGUGAAAUGCUGGCAUUCACCCUGACUGCCUUCUUAGAGCUCAUGGACCAUGGCGUUGUCUCCUGGGAUCUGGUCUCAAUCACCUUUAUUAAGCAGAUUGCAGGGUACGUUAGCCAGCCAAUGGUGGACGUGUCGAUCCUUCAGAGGUCCCUGGCCAUCCUGGAGAGCAUGGUCUUGAACAGCCAGAGUCUGUACCAGAAGAUAGCAGAGGAAAUCACCGUGGGACAGCUGAUCUCACACCUGCAGGUUUCCAACCAGGAGAUUCAGACCUACGCCAUUGCACUGAUUAACGCGCUUUUCCUGAAAGCUCCCGAGGACAAGCGACAGGACAAGCACCUUAAUCCUCUAGACCUGCCUGUCACUGACAUGGCCAAUGCAUUUGCACAGAAGCACCUUCGCUCCAUAAUCCUGAAUCACGUGAUCCGAGGGAACCGCCCAAUCAAAACUGAGAUGGCCCAUCAGCUGUAUGUCCUGCAAGUCCUGACCUUUAACCUCUUAGAGGAGAGGAUGAUGACCAAAAUGGACCCCAAUGACCAAGCUCAGAGAGACAUUAUAUUCGAGCUGAGAAGGAUUGCAUUUGACGCAGAGUCCGACCCUGGCAGUGUCACCGGGAGUGGGACUGAAAAGCGCAAAGCCAUGUACACCAAAGACUACAAAAUGCUGGGAUUCACCAACCAUAUCAAUCCAGCAAUGGACUUUACCCAGACUCCUCCAGGAAUGCUGGCUUUGGACAACAUGCUGUACUUGGCUAAAGUCCAUCAGGACACCUACAUCCGGAUUGUUCUGGAGAACAGCAGCCGAGAAGACAAGCAUGAGUGCCCUUUUGGCCGCAGUGCCAUCGAGCUCACCAAGAUGCUCUGUGAGAUCCUGCAGGUUGGGGAACUGCCAAAUGAAGGGCGGAACGACUACCAUCCAAUGUUCUUUACCCACGAUCGAGCAUUUGAAGAGCUCUUUGGCAUCUGCAUCCAGCUGUUGAACAAGACCUGGAAAGAGAUGCGGGCCACUGCAGAGGACUUCAACAAGGUUAUGCAAGUGGUCCGAGAGCAGAUCACUCGGGCUUUGCCCUCCAAACCCAACUCCUUGGAUCAGUUCAAGAGCAAACUGCGCAGCCUGAGUUACUCGGAGAUCCUGCGUCUGCGCCAGUCGGAGAGGAUGAGUCAGGAUGACUUCCAGUCCCCACCGAUCGUGGAACUACGGGAGAAGAUCCAGCCCGAGAUUCUGGAGCUGAUCAAGCAGCAGCGCCUCAACCGGCUCUGUGAGGGUAGCAGCUUCCGGAAGAUUGGGAACCGCCGGAGGCAAGAACGAUUCUGGUACUGCCGCUUGGCCUUGAACCACAAGGUUCUGCACUAUGGUGACCUGGAUGACAACCCUCAGGGGGAGGUGACGUUCGAAUCCCUGCAGGAGAAAAUUCCUGUUGCAGACAUUAAAGCCAUUGUCACUGGGAAAGACUGUCCCCACAUGAAAGAGAAGAGUGCUCUGAAGCAGAACAAGGAGGUACUGGAGUUGGCUUUCUCUAUCCUGUAUGACCCUGACGAGACCUUAAACUUCAUUGCACCCAACAAGUAUGAGUACUGCAUCUGGAUUGAUGGCCUCAGUGCCCUUCUGGGGAAGGACAUGUCCAGUGAGCUGACCAAGAGUGACCUGGACACGCUGCUGAGCAUGGAGAUGAAGCUGCGGCUCCUGGACCUAGAGAACAUCCAGAUCCCUGAGGCGCCGCCGCCAGUGCCCAAGGAGCCCAGCAGUUAUGACUUCGUCUAUCACUACGGCUGAGCCUGGCGCUGGAGGCCACAGCGCCCGGGAAGGGAUUUGGGGCCCAGGUGACACUCACAGUCUGGUGCCUUGGCUUUUGUUUGUACAGAAUCUGUAGUGACCAUGGUGGCCAAUCAACGGCAGUCAUUCCUC